AUGGGGUUUGAACUUGGUGGUUUAUUAAGCACUGACAUUGGGGCAGUGAGGGUUUUGCGUAUUGAUACCAUGGUUGGAUUUGGGGAAUCUUCUGAAUCUGGGUCUAGAGGAUUGAAUUCUCAAUUAGUGAGAAAUGGGUCUUUUGGGGAAGAGGAUGGUUUUCACAGGCAAGUCACUCAUUUUGGGGGAGGUGGGUCGAGAAACACCAGCCCGCUGGGCCGAAUAGGUUCUAGGAAUACGAGUCCAUUAGGUCGAAUGGGGUCAAGGAAUACAAGUCCUUCUAAGCAGAAGGUGAUUAAGACCAAACCGCGGGGGUUAGAUGAGGAGACAAUUGCUACAUUUGGUAAAGCUGUUCAACCAGAUGUCCAUAUGGAGGAUAAUAUAUGGGCAAUGCUGCCUGAAGAUUUGCUGAAUGAAAUCUUAGCUAGGGUACCGCCAUUCAUGAUUUUUCGGCUCCGAUCUGUUUGCAAAAGGUGGAAUUCUAUUUUACAAGAUAAUAGUUUUCUUAAGUUUCAUUCACAAGUGCCUUCUCAUGGGCCUUGUCUUCUUACAUAUUGGAAGAAUUCACAGACCCCCCAGUGCUCGGUGUUUAGCUUGCCAUUGAAACAGUGGUUUAGGAUCCCAUUUACAUUCUUACCACCUUGGGCUUUUUGGUUGGUUGGUUCCUCAGGGGGCCUUGUUUGCUUCUCUGGGCUAGAUGGCUUGACUUUCAAAACUUUAGUUUGUAAUCCCCUCACACAAACUUGGAGGACAUUGCCGGUUAUGCAUUAUAAUCAGCAAAGGCAGUUGAUUAUGGUUGUUGAUCGGACGGACAGAUCUUUUAAAGUCAUUGCCACCAGCGAUAUCUAUGGUGACAAAUCAUUGCCAACAGAAGUGUAUGAUUCAAAGUGUGACAAUUGGUCACUUCAUCAGACAAUGCCUGCUGUUAAUCUUUGUUCCUCAAAAAUGGCAUUUUGUGACUCAAGGUUGUAUUUGGAAACACUUUCGCCACUUGGCUUAAUGAUGUAUCGAGUGGACACUGGAUAUUGGGAACAUAUUCCUGCUAAGUUUCCCCGGUCUUUACUAGAUGGGUACUUGGUUGCUGGCACUCAGAAACGCUUAUUUCUAGUUGGCAGGAUAGGUCUUUAUAGUACUCUUCAGAGCAUGAGAAUAUGGGAAUUGGAUCAUGCAAAAUUUGUUUGGGUGGAGAUAAGUAGGAUGCCACCCAGAUACUUUCGAUCUCUUUUGAGGUUGUCAGCAGAGAGAUUUGAGUGCUUUGGACAGGAUAAUUUGAUUUGCUUCACAUCGUGGAACCAAGGAAAGGGCCUUCUUUAUGAUGUGGAUAAGAAAGUUUGGUCUUGGAUUGCUGGCUGUGCUCUUCAGUCAUAUAACAGCCAGGUCUGUUUCUAUGAGCCAAGAUUUGAUGCCUCAAUCUAUUAAUCCGGAAAUGUCACCUUAUAUUCUUGAAUAACUAUCUGUGACAGAUUUUCCAGAGAUUUGUAGGAGCUCUCUUAAUCAUAUUCAUUAUGCAUCUGCCUUUUCUCUCCCCUUCCAUUCUGCUCCUGUGAUGUAGGCAGAUUUAUCUAUGCACUGUCUUCUUCAAGUUGGGCUGCAGGGUAGUCCAAUUCAUAUCAUUCGUUUAUGUCUGAAGCUCUUUAACAUUUUAUCGCUGGAAUUAGAAUGUUGUGGGCAUCCUUGGAAGGCAGUCAUUGCCGACAAUAUCUUCUUUUGGACAAUUUUUAGAAGCCACAUUGUCCUGGGACACGGGAGAAUGGAAUUUUUGGUAUUUAAUUGCAAUAUAGGACAAGGUCACCAGGGUUGGGCUGGUUAAAGGAGUCAAUGCAUGUGUAAGGACAUCUGGGGCGUAAUUUUAAGAGAAAAUUUGACUCCAAUCUUUGUACACUCACUGAAAUUGCUUCGCAAAUACAAAUUGGCUUUCUUGAGUCCUCUUAUUUUCCAUAUAUAUUUCUGGGAUGAGCCACUUACAUGAUUAUGAGAUCUGGAGCCCUAUUGUAUCUAUCGUGUGUUUAUACUUCACGAAUGUAAUUUUCUGCCUGUUACCUUUUGCUGAUUGGUUUUGCCUUUUGUUCAAGUUUAGAUCUGUUGUACAUCCGUAAGUUAUGGGUUUGAAGUGGUUGAAUCUUCCCACAAAAGUUUUAAGCCUUCAUGCAUGAUAUAGCUGUUUUUAACUUGAGGGCAAAGGGUUUAGAAGGUUUGGGAUGCUGUUCUCUUUGUAGAAGGAAAAAAGAAAAAGGCUGUAGUAAGUCAAAAGAAAACUGGUUUUGGGUCUAUGGAGAUUAUUGUAAAGGGUGGUUGUAUCUUACAGCAUACUUGCUUAUUACUAUUAUGGAUAUUAUCAGUCCUAUAAAAUGUUAGUUACUAGAGGACAUCUGAGGACAUCUGUUGCGAGUGUUGAUGGACAAGUUAUGAUAUCUUCUUGAAUUUGUGAUUAUUUGAGUAAGUUCUGCAACAGAUGUUUCAUGGCCUCAAUCACUCAAUAUAUUGUAUUCUCUGAGUUGGCAUGCACCAUUGAUGGUUCUUUCUGUCCUGAAAUUGGAUAGCCCUGAUGGCCGUUCAGUUUCUGAACAAUGCUG